CGUUUUUUUUUUUUUUUUUUUUUCUAAUAAAUCGAGUAGCACAACGUUACAAUAUUGGCAUGUCCGCAGUGCGAUCGUUUGUAAUUAAAUAAUUUUUUUUUCCUCAGUGUUUUUGGUGCGCACAAUCGCGUAGUGCGUGGUCGUAAUAAAAAUGAUGCAGAUGCGCGUGUUGGAAAUUGGUUUGCCGUUGUUGAUAUCGGAUUUCCAACAUCGAAAACAUGCAGAUUUGACGCUAUAGUAAAAAUGGCAAACCAAGAGCUUUGGUCCAGUUAAAACUGUUAUGGAAGCUGUACAACAAACAGUCAUACAUCUGGACCGUCCUGCCAUGCCUUCACAAGCUCAAAUGGCCUAUCCUCAAAGAAAUCCACAAAUUCAUGGAAGAAAUGUCAACCAUGGUGUCGUUCAAGUAUCAGGUGAAAAUAGUCCGUACAAGACAUCUUCGGCCGGUACUGGUCCAGUGCACAAUAAUUUUGUAGGUUACCCAGCUAAUAUACGAUAUGUUUCACAACCUGUUUACAUGUCGGCCACAACAACAGCAUCAAAUGCCUACAGAGAUGCUCCAUAUCAUUCUAGAGCCUUAAAUAUAUCUGAUAGAGGUGUAGCACUAGGUGUCCCGUUUGAACUAGCUAGAAGUGAUAUGAUGCCUCCUGUUGCCAGACAAAACCGUAUAUCAUUGUUGUCGGCAACAAGUGAUUACUAUCAACGGAGUCGUAUGCAAUUAGAACAUUAUCGAGAUGAGUCGUUAAAUCAUAAUUCACACAAUACGGUUUCUAUGAAUUUCAUGAGAGAAAGACCAGAUCAUGGCCCUCCACCACCUUUGAAGAAACCAAAGUUACUUCAUCCAAUAUCACCUCAACCGCCUCUCAAAAUAGAUAUUUCUGAUCCUCCUUCUACGAGUGCAUACAAUCCUCAAGUAGAAGCAAUUUCUCCUACUGUCGAUGAACCAAUGCCAGAGUACAAGAAACUCAGUGAUAUUGCUCCAAAGUUAAAUAAAAUUGAAAGUGAUAUAAGUACCAUUACCCAAGAAAUUGAAGAUUUAAUUAAGUUAAAAGAAAAUUAUGAACAAAAAGAAUUAAAUUCAGAAGUAACUAAAAUUGAACCUAAAGAGGAGGCAGAUAAAGAAUGCGAGGAGGAAGAUCCAAUGAAACAUUUAACACCCGUUCAAAAAAUUUAUGCUUCAAACAGAAAAAAGGCAUAUGAAUCUCGAACUAGUUUAGAAAAGUUUGCUAACAAAACUGAUCUUCCUUUAUAUAAUCAACCAUCGGAUGCAGAUGUUUAUCAUGAAAAUCGUAGAAAGUAUGCUGUAUUCAAAUCACGGUUAUUAGAACAUUUGCGGAAAAAGAAAAUGGAGCAACAACAAACGAAAACUGAGAUAACUGAAACUUAUUCCAAAUUAUAUAAAGAAUGGAUACGCAGGGUCGAGAAAGUAGAAAGCUCUCAAAAAAGAAAAGCAAAGGAAGCUAAACACCGAGAACUAUUUGAAAAAGUUUUCCCAGAGUUGAGAAAGCAACGAGAAGAUAAGGAAAGAUUUAACAGGGUUGGUGCUCGUAUAAAAAGUGAAGCUGAUUUAGAAGAAAUUAUGGAUGGAUUACAAGAACAAGAGAUGGAAGACAAAAAGAUGAGAUCGUAUGCUGUUAUACCUCCAUUAAUGUUGGACCCUCAUGAACGUCAUUUAACAUACUUGAAUAACAACGGACUUGUGUUGGACUAUAAAACUGAGUACAAUGAAACAAAAUAUAUCAAUAUUUGGACUCAGCAAGAAAAAGAUGUGUUCAAAGAUCGUUUUAUUGCUCAUCCUAAGAAUUUUGGUGCGAUUGCAUCAUACUUGGAUAAAAAAUGCCCAGCCGAUUGUGUUAAAUAUUAUUAUCUUAGCAAGCCCAAAGAAGAGUACAAAAGACUUUUGCGCAAAGCUAAGUGGCAAGCACGACGCCGUACUGCUCAAAAUCGGACGCCGGCUAGUAGCUCCUUAAAUUCGUUGGACAUAUUAAAUUCAACGUCUAUCGGUGUCACUACACGGCUUCAAAGAGAACGUCAAGGUAGUGAAGCUGCAUCAUCAAGUAUAGCUCAUGUGUCCGUAGCUCACAAUCCUUUACCUGAUAAUGAAGAAACUCCAGCUCCUACUGAAACACCGAAUACUAUUGAACAAGAUAUGAAUGAUGUAACAGAGUGUCAAACAGGAAACCUGCCAACUAACAAAAGUGAAACAAAUGAAUGUGUGUCCAAUUUGGUUAAGUCGCCUGUGCCUUCACAUACUAGUGAAAUGAAAUCAGAAUCAAAAAAGAAAGAAAGACGAAAAGAUGACAAACAAAAAGGAGAAAAUACAAGUACAACGGACGAAGAAUUAAUGGAUUCUCGACAUGAAGGUGGGACAAAAGGAGAUGUUCCUAAAGGGAUUUGUGCUGUUUGUAAAGCAGAAAAUGUAGCUUGUCCCAGAACUCUGAAUCCAUCCGAUGCUGCUCAAUACGGUGUUAAGCCCGAAGAUAUCAAACCGGGUGCUCGAGUUUGCAAUACAUGUCGUUGCAAGGUGGUCAGGUCUCAGAAUCGACGUGUCAUCUAUUGUCCUUUGCCGUCUUGUCCAACCGUUCAAUCUAAUAGUAGGCGACCCGUGAAAAGGUUACGUCCAUUACCCGCAAAGUGGACUACCGCUCAAGAUAUUAUUGCUUCCGAGUUUCAAAUAAGUCCAACAACGACUAAGUGUUGCUCGGCUUGUUUUAAUCGCAUACAAAGACGUUUAAUGGCUCUUGGAGUUGUAGGAACAACGAACAACAUGAGUACAGAUAGUUUGGACGGAUGGACCGACGAAGAAACCAACGCGUUAAAAAAAGGAAUUCGUGAACACGGCACACGUUGGAGCGAAAUCAGCAAAUUGGUCGGGCCGAACAAAAGCCAUUACCAGUGUAAAGAGUUUUAUUUUAGUUUCAGAAAGAAAUUGGGAUUAGACCUCUUAGUCCAAGAGUACAAAAAGACGAAUGGAAGUGAACAGAAACCAGCCUUAACCGACGAAGAGGAAUCAGGUUCGAGCACUUCAAGCUGUGAUGAGACCAAUCUUGUAUUGUGUGACAGUGACACUCAAAGUGCACCGUCGCCAACAAACACUUUACCUCGAUCAUCUCCCUCAAGAGAAACUAUUAGUCCUUCUCAAGCAAAAUUGACUAUCGUUAAGGAAUCGAGAGUUGACAGUGAGGGAACUAGUCGUUCAGUCGUUAUUAAAGAAGAUUAUGACAGUUCAGCAACGGAGACUGCUGACGAAGGCACUGGUGGUACAGCUGAAAAUGAAUCCAACGUUAUGCAACAUUCCAUUAACGAAUCCGAUAAAAAAGAUAAAAACUUGACUGAUUUAAGUGUAUCUGAUAUACUAUGUGAUGUGAUUGAAAAGCAGUUCACUAAAGAACAUGUGUCUAAUCGUGAAAAAGAAAAUGGAUCAAUGCCCACUAUAUCUUCAAUUCUUUUAGACCCAGAAUAUCCGAUUAAAGAUCGUAUAUCUGGGUCUAACAACGAGAUGAAGCAGUCGAUGGCGACUAUAUCGGUUGUUCCACCUAGAGAACAUCAUCAUAAUAAAGACGGCUUGGUUGUUGUGCAAGUUCAGUCUUCAAAAGUUUCAGACGUCAGAGUAUCUGAAGGUGUAACUCUCGAUUUAAGUAUCAAACGCCCAAGAGAAGGAGAUGCCUAUGCAGACCCGCCUCCAAUCAAACACGCACAGCCUCCACCACCACCUGGCGCCAUGUACCGACCGCCGCCAACACAAAUACACGAAACUAGUUCAUUUUAUUCUCCACAGUUUGCAGAAUUGGGACGAUGUGGUAAACAAGGUGAGAUAUAUUGGACAAAGUUGUCGCCGGCCAAUAACCAUGUUAUGGUUCAUCCGUCUCAAUCUAUUCCUCAUGUAACUGUCAAACAGACUUCUCAUAUAAAAUUACCUAAUAAGGUAACAUCACCUCAGUUGACUGUUGCAAAUGUAGUAUCAUCAAAGUUGUCUCCAAAUAUGUUAAACAAUUCAAAAGCAACAGGCUCCAUAAUGCAUGGUACUCCCGUUUCUGCCGCUACUCUAUACAUGCCUUCUCAGUCAAAUCGUUAUUCUCAGCCGUCGCAAGCGUCGGGAGGUUCUAUUACUCAGGGAACUCCAGUUCAUCAACGCAUGUUACACAACAGCCAAAACAUCAAUCCGGAUUAUUAUCAAAAACGUAAUCCACAACCUCAAUACCAAUCCAGACAGCCCCAUUUCAGUGAACAAAGACAAAUUAUCAUGAAUGACUAUAUAACAUCUCAGCAAAUGCAUUCUAAUGUUGCCGCCCAAUUCCCACGAGCCCAAAAACCUCCUCCCGUUACCAGUCCCAUGUAUUAUCAACCAACUCGUCAAGGUGUCAUACAGCGUCAUAACACUGCCCCUAAAGUCACUUCUCCGCAAAGUUACCCACCAGGACAUGAAGCGUUAGGAUCUCUGGUGGAUGUGGCAAUAAGACAACCGAGUUUACCCGUGCCCUUGACUCAUCCAGAUGAUCGGCACAGAGAACAAGAACGGUUUGUGAGAGGAUCUCCGGUGCCAAAAAUAUACAGGGAGCAACAAAGACAGGAGCUAAUACAGAGAGAACGGGAAAUGGUUGUCCAAAGAGAGCGCGAAAUGCAAGCAGUAGCUCAAAUCAGAGAACAACAGCAAAGAGAACAGUACAUGAGGGAUAAACAAAUGAUGCAGCAUAGACUUACGCCAGAGCAGCAUUCAAGAAUGGUUGUUUCAUUUCAACAGCAGCAGCGGCAACAAGAACAGUCCAGAGGGAUGCAAAUACCAUCAACAGCGUCGUCGUUUCAACAGUCCAGAUCUAACACCCCCGUAUCUAGGCAUCAAGAACCACCAUCAAACAUGCAGAGUAGGGAUAGUGGUGCUGGUGGUAGACUUUCAAGACAAGGUAUGGAACAUGCGUUGACUGCAGCUAAUUUAAUUGAUGCUAUUAUUACUCAUCAAAUUAAUCAGAGUAACGACGGAAGUGGCCAUCCCCCUAAUUCUACACCGGCGACUAGUCAAGUACACGUUCAACAACAGCGAGCUGGCGAUAAACUAUUUCAAGCAUUCCCAGAGGCUAAUGAAAAGCCUGCGGUAAAACCUCGAGGUAGUCCAGAUAUUGUUGGCCGACCCGGUGAACAACUAUAUUCUGCAGAACAUUCUUUCAAAGAAUACCCAGGGUCUUAUAUGGUGGCCGCCACGGCGUACGAACCACAUACUUGGAAGUUACGACGUGCUCUUCAGCAAAAAGAAUGUGAACAACAGAUGAAGGACGAUAACAACAGGGUGCGCUUUUAUCCGACUCAAGCGGACAUACCGUUAUCGCCUCUAGAUUAUGUAAAAAACAGAAUAGUCGAAGUCAUGCGAACUUCCGACGACGACAACAAAACCGAACAGGCGUACACUUAUCCAUUCUCGACCGCUAUCAAUAUGUCAACGUCGGCCGUACAGAAAAACAAUGAAACGUCGGACACCAAUAUCGGCGGUAGUGGCGGCAGCGGAGGCGGGGGCGGUGGCAGCGGUGGUGGAAAUGGUGCUCCUACAUUAACUGCCCAGUAUGAACCAAUGUCUGACGAGGACUAACACUUCUGUAACACAGGGUAUGAAUAUGUGUUGAUAAGAUUUUUACGUUUAAAAAUCUAGUCGUUUCUUUUUUUGUGUAAUAUUUUUUAACAAAAACAAAUAUACUCUUGAAGUGUGUUAAGUAUUUUUUUUAAAUAUACGUUUCAGAAAGAGGAACCGCAUCUUAAUCGCGACCGAAAUAAAAACAAGAGAUCUGUACUUUUGAUAUGUUCAGGAUUUUGUUUUCACAUUUGGUUCUGUUCUGUUCUUGUUUUAAUUUUGACUAGUGAAAGUUGUUUAAAUUUAAAAUUUUCCAUUGAUACUUUAAAAAAAAAAAACUAUUUAAUUCUGGAAAACUAAACAUCGAUUGGUUGACACAAAUAAGCUCAUUAUUAUUUUAACUCAUUCAAAUUAUCACGCGGUUCAAUAUUUAAAAAAGUAAUUUCUUUUACUUUGUAUUCUUAUUAAAAUAUAUAUACUUAUAUAAUAAAUGGAAUCUAAUAGUGUAAUUGUUCUGAAAAUAAAAUGUUUUUACAGCAACCGUAAAUGUUUAAGUAGAAACAUUUAAUAUACCUAUUAAAUAUUUAAAACACAUUUAGAUGUAAAUCUUAAACUGCCACGUUUUUUAAAUUUUGGUCGGAUAAAUUUAUAUUUUUGUUAAUGUAAAAUGCAUUCUUCAACAUAAUCAUGGGAUUCCAUAAUUCUCAUCAAAUUCGCAAAAGAAGUGUCUAGACUAUUAUAGAUGUAUUUUGAGAAGUACAAAAAUAAUUAAAAUUGCUAACUAUGUGACUUUUUUUUAUUAAAUUUUUACAUUUGAACUUUUAAGAUAUUAUCUAUAAACAAUAAUUUUAAAAUGUAAUUUGAAAGUCAAUUUGAUAACAAUUUGUCGUUUUAAGUAAAUAUUUUUAUUUUAUUGAUUUAAGUUAUUUCUUGGUAAAAAAAAAAAAUAUUCAAUUUUUGUUGCAUAUUUUUUUUGUAUUAUGUUAUAGUUAUCGUGUCAACCAAUUGGUUUUAUUUUAUUAUUAAGAUAAACAUAUUUUACCUUUUUUAACAGUAAAAAUAAAAAAAAAAAACAAUUUACUAAUUGUAGUAUUUAUUUUGUUAAACAGUCUUAUGUUUGAUGUGUAUAUUAAAAAUGUAUUACGAUUAUAAUUGUGUAAAUUGUUUCAUAUAUUUUAAUAAUAUUUAAGAAUAUAUAAAAUGUAUAAUAUUCCCUCCAAUUUUUAUUCGUCUGUUUUUUUUCUUUAGGCAUACAAAUGUAAAUAUUAGAGUAUUAGCAUAUAUUACUUUUGUAAUCAUUUUAUUUAUUUUUUAUUAUAUAUAUAUAUUUUUUUUUUAAUGUUGAACAUUUGUAAUUAAUGGUAAUUGUGUGUAUAUACAUAUAAAUUGCAAUAUUUUUAGUCUUGAAUUAACAAUAUUUGUAUCUUUGUAAAUUUAGUACGACAUAAGUUGGAGGAUAUAAAAUUAAAAAAUACCUAACAGUUGUGAUAAAUAUUUGAUAUUGACCUAAUAUUUUAGGUAUUUGUUAUCCGAAUGAAUAAUAAAUGUGAUGAUACCAAUCAUAUUUUUUA